GGCAGCGGUCCGGUUCUGUUUCCUUUUGUCCGGGUGGGUUGCGGGGAGGGCAAGGGACCCGGAUUCCUUGUGGCAGUAGAACAGCUGGCCGGGUCAAGGGGCGGCCUGCGCUGACCGUCCGCCCGUCGUCCCCGCAGGCAGCCAGCCCGCCGUCAUGACCGACCACCUGAUGCUCGCCGAAGGUUACCGCCUGGUGCAGCGACCGCCGCCCGCUGUGCCCGCCCACGGCCCCCAGGCGCUCCGGACGCUGCAGCCCUACGCGGGCCCGGGCUUGGACAGCGGGUUGCGGCCACGGGGGGCUCCGCUGGGCCCGCCGCCACCCCAACCUGGGGCCCUGGCGUACGGGGCCUUCGGGCCGCCGCCUGCCUUUCAGCCCUUCGCGGCGGGGCCGCCGGCGGCCGCCGGCAGCGCGCACCUGCAGCCCGUGACGACGAUGUACCCCGGCCGCGCGCCCGCGCCCUCCGGCGCUCCGGGAUGUCCCCCGGGUCUGCAGCCGGCGCCGGGAUCCCCGGCCCCGCCGCCGCCCGUGCACGCCCUGGGCGGCAUGGACGCCGAACUCAUCGACGAGGAGGCGCUGACGUCGCUGGAGCUCGAACUCGGACUGCACCGCGUGCGUGAGCUGCCCGAGCUCUUCCUGGGCCAGAGCGAGUUCGACUGCUUCUCGGACUUGGGGUCUGGGCCGCCCGCCGGCUCUGUGAGCUGCUGAGCCCGGCCCGCCGCUUCCCGGGUGUGCCCGAGAGGAGAACGGAGUCCGCCCGCCAGACCGCUCACCCGCCGUCUGGGCCCGCACGCGCCCUCCGUGAGGGUGGAGGCAGCGGGCUAGUGCGCGGCGGUAACGCCGGCUGUGACACCUGGCGUCGCUCCGGGCCCUGCCUCCUGCUGGAUGAAAAUUGGGCAUCACGUCUCUGACUAGGAGCCUCGUCGGUAAAAAGGGCACUGGACCCCCGUUAGGACUCCACGUUCUUGGAUUCUGUGUCCUCUCCUCCCGACUCUCCCACCCUCCUCCACCCCCAAUCUGAGCCAUUCCAGGUCUCUGCCUGGUUCCCCCUCUCUCCUUUGGGUCCCUGGAGCUGCGCAUUUACUGGGGCUUCUACUCCCUCCGCCUGGGCCCUGAGGUCGCUGGGCCUCCCGCCUUGGGGAGGGGACGAUUGUACAUACAGCCCCUGCAGAGUGGAGCAAUGCCCCAUCUGGCCUCCAAAAAAACAAAAUAAAACUGGGUCACUUUACA